CUUCUACCAACAACUGAGUGAUGCCCGGCGCCGUGUCGCUCGGCUUUCACACAGAGGGUGCAUUUAAUCCGCGGAAGCUCGCAAGGGACAGGCAGAUGCUGGUGCAGGUUUAAAGAGAGGGGGGAAAAACUCUAUCAUCAUGAGUGUGAACUAUGCGUCCGCAGCGUCCACGCAGAGAUCCACGUCAUUUUUCAUUGAGGAUAUCCUGUUGCACAAACCAAAGCCACUGAGAGAGGUUAUUCCCGCGCCCUUCUGCAGCUCCCUGACCUCCAGAAUGCCCAUCCUGGAGUAUGGAUAUCCUCUGAUUCCGACGCCAAUUCUGGCUCCUCAUCCUCACCCACUCCAUAAACCGGAGCAUCACCAAUACUUUUUCACACCUGGGAUGCAGAUGCCGGCUCUGUUCCAGCACCAUGCAGAGUUACCAGGGAAACACUGCCGGCGCAGGAAGGCCCGGACCGUGUUUUCUGACUCUCAGCUGUCCGGACUGGAGAAGCGCUUCGAGAUCCAGCGGUACCUGUCCACACCGGAGAGAGUGGAGCUGGCCACGGCGCUCAGCCUCUCCGAGACGCAGGUAAAAACGUGGUUCCAGAACCGGCGAAUGAAGCACAAGAAGCAGCUGAGGAAGGCGCAGGAUGAGCGGAAGACUCCCGCAGAGAUGGAGCGCUGCGCAGAGAACUCCAGCGCGGAGAGCGACCUGAACGAGAAGAGUGCGGAGAUGAGACACGGUCUGCAGGCGGACUCAUACAUGCUGGAGGAGAACGACGACGACGUGGACAUCGAGGACGAUAUUUGCUCUACAGAUCAUCUACUAUAGGAGCACACCUGUAAGCAUCGGCCUCUGUUAAUGAAACACAAACUGACUUUUCUCCUGAGAAAAAGAGUCCAAUGUGAGCUUAUUUAUUAUUAUUAUUAUUAUUAUUAUUAUUAUUAUUAUUAUUAUUAUUAUUAUUAUUAUUAUUAUUAUUAUUAUUAUUUCCAUUCUACAGAGUCUAAACCUGGUAAAUUCGUGUUAUUUUGCAUUUCUGUAAAUUCCUGUACAUAAAUCUAGCUCUGUAAUAUAAACGCAUUGUGCAACCCCGCCCCUCUCAUAUUUGCACUUUCAUCCCAAAGAAGAAAUAUAUCGUUCUCUCUUUUUUAUCUCAUGUUUAAAUGUCAUUUGCAGUUUGUCAAUUUUUUUGAAAAUGUCUGUAAAUAUACACAUCCAACAUAUAUUGAAACAGCACUGGGCUCCCUUUAUUCGGCUGUUUUUAUCUCCAGUGUGGAAUCUGUUUUUACCGUUAGCGUCAACAUCGAUCCGUGUUUUAUUUUUUUCAACAAUCAGCUUUUUAGACAAUGAAAAAUCCACCCACGCGUUUUUAGGUCAGCUCGCGUGAUGCUGAUUGUUUCCCCUCCACCCCCGUGAUGUGGGCGCCACCGUUUGAGGUUAAAAACUAAAAUAAGAUUUUAAAAAACUCUUAAGAACUACAACAAAUGACAGAAAAAAAAACAAAUCGAAUAUCAUUUCAAAGUUGUUUGUGCGUUUUUAAACAAAGCAUCACCACAACGAUUUUUUUUAUUAGCGGUGCUCAUAGUUCAGAAGUAAAAAUCUGUUAAAUGAUCGUAGAGGGCUGCUGGAACCGCUUCAUUGUUUUCUGUUUAUUUUUUUGUUAACAGCGUGUUGUCUACAUUGCAUGUUCAUUGUGAGGGAUUGCUGCAACAUCAGAGACCCAGUGUAAUCCGCCGGGUUUUCUUAAACACGCACCAAUUAGGAUAUUAAACUGAACUUGACGCCAUGGUUUGAAUUUAAUACAACUGAGUUUGAAUCUUUCCUCACGAGAGUGAAUUGAUUAUAUCAUUCCGUACAUUGGAUCACUUGUUUUGUAAAGUACUUUGGGACAUUUGUUGUAAAUGAUAAUACUGAAUUUAAUUGAAAUCGAUUUUUGGGAACCUAAAAAUAGAACACCAUUGUUGAAAAAUUUAAGUUUUUUUUUUUUUCUCCACUCUAGAAUCAUUGCAGGUACCUCUGUAGAAAAUACACAAAGAAGCAAUAAUAAAUAACUUAUGUUUUUUGCCUGAUAAAUGUAAUAGUUAAAAAGUAGAGUCAAAAGAGAGAAAUGUGUAAUUCUUAUGAAUCCACUAGAACAAUCAAGACACUUUAAACCAUGAUUCCAAAAGGUGUAUCUGGACCAGAAAGAUUCUGAUCUCACAUAGUAAAUUCAGUUAUAGCCCUUACAUUAUUCUUAAAAUAGUAGUAUUAAUUCAUAGUCCUAAAUCAAAUUUCUUACAAAGCUCUGUAUUUUAUCAUUAGACUAAUGAAGGCAUUUUAUGGGAUGGGAAUUAAAAAAUAAUAUAUAGAUAUUUAAAUAAAGACUGAGAAAAUUAUGGUCAUAGUGCUAUUUAAAUAUAAUUGACAUCCGUAUCAAUUAAAUCUUGAAAUUUGCAGGAUAGAUAAUUAAUUAAUACAGAUUAAAUGUCCAUUAACAAACGUCAACCAUGUUUUCCAUGUAUUCCCAACACAUAUUUUUUUUUCUAGCUACUUGAUUUUAAGCUAGUUGCUUCCUCACCUCCACAAUGCAUUUUCAGACACUAAACACAUGGUCAUGUUAUUAUUAUAGCAAUACAUUUAUAGCAAUGUAUACUUCUGAAAAGAGCUUCAGAAGUAUACAGGUAAGUGUGACUAAGUUUCAAAAUACUAGCAGCAGUGGAGUGUAAGGACAACAUGCCUGCUUAAAAAAUAUCUAUUAAAGAUUGAUUCAGCUGUUAAAAAAAAGGAAUUGCACAUUAAAAAAUUUGCAUCUUUCAUAGAUUAUUUUACUUAAAAAUCUGCACUCCAAAAUUUACAAAUCAUCUUUAGACCAAAUAAAUUAAAAAGUGAUCAGAUAAUCCAAUGAGAUUUAUCAAAUGCAUUUGUAAAACAAUUACAUGGACGAGCUCAAGCAAUUCAAAAAUAAAAGCAGCAAAAAAGUAGGAAACUUUCUUAUCAGGUGAACAUAACAAAAUUUGAAAGUUUGUUAAGAAGCACAGUCAACAGAGUUUGACAACAUUUAUUCCCAGAUAGUUUUGGUCUAACAUUUAGCAGGCUUGUGGAAAAAGAACCGUCAGGUGGACCAAGGAAGGCAUAAAAGGCUGAGUAGAGUGAACUGAAAACAUAAUGUUCUAAAAAAAAAAAAAAAAAACACUUCUUGUGUCUGAAAAAAGUUGUUUACUGAUAAAUCAGGAAUACCCAUUAGUAAUUAUUGCAGAAUCAUUAGUUUGGUUCCAGUCCAAUGAAACACAAGGAUUUAGUAUACAGUCCUUGUUACAGUUCGCAAAAGUUUCUUGUCCCACAACAAAGCAGCGAUGUUUAACUUAAUUUAUGACAAACUGCAGUUUCCAUCAUAAAAGUUCAAACAGUCAAAAAAAAAAAAAACAAGAUAAUUUUCUCUUGAUUUAUGGUUUCAUUUUAGCCUUCUAACUCGUUCUUCAAAUAUUGCUGUUAUUUUUUUUAA